AUGUCUGCAGGGUCGUGGAGCAGCCUGCAUCUCACCCUGCUGCAGCUGCUGGACGGUUACAACCAGGUCAAUGCCAAACUGAACCUGGUGCUGUUUGAGGACGCCAUGGCUCACAUCUCCGUGAGGGUCCACAGCAGGAGGUUCCCUGCUCUGGUGAACUGUACGGCCAUCGACUGGUUCCACGAGUGGCCACAGGAGGCACUGGAGUCGGUCAGCUUCAAGUUCCUCCAGGAUGUGGAGAAGAUUGAACCUCAGGUGAAGCAGUCGGUCAGUAAAUUCAUGGCAUUCGUCCACACGACUGUCAAUCACACAUCCAAAGAGUACCUUGCCAACGAACGGUGGUACAACUACACCACCCCCAAAUCCUUCCUGGAGCAGAUCCAGCUGUACGGCAAUCUGCUGCGCCUGAAAAGCAGCGAGCUGACCAGCAGGAUGGAGCGGCUGGAGAGCGGCCUGCAGAGACUCAGCAGCACCUCCACCCAGGUGGAUGACCUCAAGGCCAAGCUGGCUGCACAGGAAGUGGAACUCAAGCAGAAGAACGAGGACGCUGACACGCUGAUCCAGGUGGUCGGGAUAGAAACUGAGAAGGUGUCCAAGGAGAAAGCAAUAGCUGAUGAGGAGGAGCAGAAGGUGGCGGCUAUAGCUGUGGUGGUGAGCGGCAGACAGAGAGACUGUGAGGAGGACCUGCAGAAUGCUGAGCCGACGCUGCUGGCCACUUAGGACGCCCUGCACACCCUCAACAAGAACAACCUGACAGAGUUGAAGUCGUUAGUGACCAACGUCACAGCCGCCGUCAGGGUCCCGAAGGAUCGCAGCUGGAAGGCCGCCAAGGUGAUGAUGGCCAAAGUAGACGCAUUCCUGGACUCUCUGAUCAACUUCAACAAGCAGAAGAUCCCAGAGGCCUGCCUGAAAGCCAUCCAGCCUUACCUGCAGGUGAGCGGCCUGCAAGCGCUCCAUGCUGCACUCUCACUUGAAGAGCACGUGAACCGGUAUAAUAACCCGAGUGGUGUCUUCCCAUCGCUCUGCCCCAUGAGAUCACCAGAAGGCCUAUUCCUCGGCAUUGAGAGCAACCAGCUGGCAGCCAUCAGACCUGUCCUAAAGAAGCACAACCUGGAUCCUGAGGUACUCACAAACUACCGCCCCAUCUCAAACCUGCCUUUUUUAGCUAAAGUUCUGGAAAAGGUUGUUGCCCUUCAGCUUCACGAACAUCUCCACACUCAUGAGCUCUAUGAAACCUUCCAGUAUGGUUUCAGACCAGCUCACAGCACUGAAACAGCUCUGAUUGGCGACAAGGAGUGUGAGUACUUCCUCAUCCUGCACACCAAGCGCCGCCCCCACUACCAGCCCGAGCUGCAGGCCCAGUGCACGCUGAUCAACUUCAGCGUGACCCGGGGCGGCCUGGUGGAGCAGCUGCUGGCCGCCACCGUCAGCAUGGAGAGGCCGGACCUGGAGCAGCUGAAGUACGACCUGACCAAGCAGCAAAAUGGUUUCAAGAUCACUCUUAAGACGCUGGAGGACAGCCUGUUGUCCCGUCUGUCCUUGGCUUCAGGGAAUUUCUUGGGAGACACAGAGCUGGUGGAAAACCUGGAGACGACCAAACACACCGCCGGCGAGAUUGAAGAGAAGAUUUUAGAAGCCAAGGUGACAGAGGCCAGGAUCAACGAGGCCCGGGAGCUCUACAGACCAGCGGCAGCUCAGGCUUCCUUAUUGUACUUCAUAAUAAAUGACCUCAAUAAAAUUCAGCCCAUGUACCAGUUCUCUCUCAAGGCCUUCAGGGUGGUGUUCCAGAGAGCGGUUCUGAGGGCGGAGCCGGGCGAGGCUCUGAAGCAGCGGCUGUCUAACCUAACAGACAGCAUCACCUCCUCAGUGUUCCAGUAUACCACCAGAGGCCUGUUUGAGUGUGACAAGCUCACGUACAGCACUCAGCUCACCUUCCAGGUGUUAUCGCUGAAUAAAGAAAUAAAUCCUGCAGAGCUGGACUUCCUCCUGAGAUACCCUGUCCAACCAGCUGUGAUAUCACCGCUGGAUUUCCUCUCCAACCACUCCUGGGGGGGGCUCAAGUCCCUGUGCUCCAUGGAAGAGUUCGGGAACCUGGACCGAGACAUCGAGGGCUCGGCCAAGCGCUGGAAGAAGUUUGUGGAGUCUGAAUGUCCAGAAAAAGAGAAACUCCCUCAGGAGUGGAAGAACAAAACUGUCCAGAGACUGUGCAUAAUGAGGGCCCUGAGGCCGGACCGCAUGGCGUACGCCGUCCGAGACUUUGUGGAGGAGAGACUGGGGAGCACGUACGUGAUAGGCAGAUCACUAGACUUUGCGCUCUCCUUUGAAGAGUCGGGUCCAGCUACGCCCAUGUUCUUCAUCCUCUCUCCUGGAGUCGAUCCUUUGAAGGACGUGGAGAAACAUGGGAAGAGGCUGGGUUACACAUUUGACAACAAGAACUUCCACAAUGUGUCCCUGGGUCAGGGGCAGGAGGUGGUGGCUGAGCAGGCCCUCCACCUGGCAGCUAGGAGCGGCCACUGGGUCAUAUUACAGAAUAUCCACUUGGUGGCUCGCUGGCUGGGAACUUUAGAGAAACUUCUGGAGCAGCACGCAGAGGGAAGCCAUGAGAACUUCAGGGUGUUUGUCAGUGCUGAGCCCUCCUCCAGCCCUGAGGGCCACAUCAUCCCACAGGGCAUCCUGGAGAACUCCAUCAAGAUCACCAAUGAACCUCCUAGUGGCAUGCAAGCCAAGCUGCACAAAGCCCUGGAUAACUUCAGCCAGGACACACUGGAAAUGUGCGUGCGAGACAAUACAUUUAAGAGCAUUCUGUUUGCCCUGUGCUACUUCCAUGCGGUGGUGGCAGAGAGGAGGAAGUUUGGUCCUCAGGGCUGGAACAGAUCAUACCCCUUUAACACUGGAGACCUCACCAUUUCCAUCAGUGUCCUCUACAACUACCUGGAGGCCAAUCCUAAGGUGCCAUACGAUGACCUGCGCUACUUGUUCGGUGAGAUCAUGUACGGGGGUCACAUCACAGAUGAUUGGGAUCGCCGUCUGUGUCGGACCUACCUGGAGGAAUUUAUCAAGCCGGAGAUGAUGGAGGGAGAGCUGCAGCUGGCGCCUGGCUUCUUCCUGCCUGGAAACAUGGACUACCACAGCUACCACCAGCUGAGGAAAUACUAG